AUGUCGACAAUGUCGAGUUCCGUGAUUUUUGUUGGUCUCCUGAUCGGGUUUCUGGCUUUGAGUUGUGCUCAGCUUCUGCCUCUGGAAGAAGAAAUUUCAAACCCUAGGAGAUUGCCAUCAGGCAUUGCUAAGAUAAAGCAUGAAGCUUUCAAAUCUUCUUCUGAACCCACGAAAAUGGAGGUUCUUGAGAUGAAGGGUUUAAAUUUAACUGGAGUUAUACCUGAGGAACUCGGAAAUCUUACAGAGUUGGAAAAAAUUGACUUCACUCGCAACUACAUUAGUGGAUCAAUCCCUGCCAGCCUUUCCCGCUCUCCCAUUCGUCUUCUAUAUCUUUUGGGGAAUCAACUCAGUGGUUUAAUUCCUACUGAUGGUUUUACUUUGCUCAGAGAGCUGGAGUUGGAAGACAAUCAGUUUGAAGGCCCUCUUCCGCAAAACCUCGGGAGGAUGACUCAAUUGGAAAGAAUCCUUCUUUCUGGAAACAAUUUUACUGGUACGAUACCAGAGUCGUACAGAAAUCUGAAGAACUUAAUUGUUUUUAGGAUAGGUGGGAGCCAAUUAUCAGGGAAGAUACCUGAAUUUAUUGGAAACUGGAGCAAACUUCAAAUACUGUGA